GGCUAGAGUCCAUUUGCAUGAUUGCGGUCAACGAGCUGCGCAGGAAGAGUAGGGGCGUUUUCGUCCGGAAGAAAGAUGCAGCCGAUUGACUUCCCCAACCUUACUCUGCUGCUUCUUCACGUUCAGCCUUACUCGGAUGCUCAUCAACAUCCAUCGUUUCAUUGUCCCAGUCUGCGACAUCCCAUCCCACGCUUUUAACUUCCUGCUCCUUCUUAACCGACUCACUCACCCUUACAGCUACCUUUACUGAACACCUCCUUUCCUGUUUGUGUUCCCUCCCGCUGCAUUGUUAUCCCAACCUCUCAUUCAACCUUACCCUCCACCGCCUCCCAUCGUGCUGCAGCGAAUCCAGAUGCCUUUUGUCGAGACCCUGGAAUCCUACUCCAGGGCGCUCUACCUCCCCUUGCGUGGAUACGUUCGUCGCCCUUUUCAGUUUAUCACAGAAUCCAUCCGCGAACAUGUCCCAAGAGGCACCUGGGAUAUCCGCAAGGCCCUGGAACACACAUCCCUCGGUUCCUCGUACCCGUUCGCUUCCUUUAAUAGCUUCAAUGGCUUCAAUAUCUUCAGCGAUCUGAGCCAUAGCACCGGAAGUGACAGCAGCGGCCUCGCCAAUGGUGCCAGUGCAACUGGCAGUGGUAGCCGAAUUGCUCAAAGCACUUCGUCAACGGGGUCUAGUGUGAUCGGAAGCGGAGACGGAUCUGUAGCCGGUUCAAAAGUGCUGCAGACCCAACCGUCUAUGCUCCACUUUUUCACGAGCCCUUACUUCCUGCUGUUGUGCUUCAUGAGCAUUGUAAUGAACAGGAUCAACGCCAUUGUCGCCCCCCGGAACCCCCAUCCAUUGAAGCUGUCUGUCCGGUUCGCACUCAAACUACCAGCAUUUUAUCUAUUGAUGAAGAGCGCGGUAGUCACUUUGGCGCUCUUGCUUCAGGAUCAGCCCACGAUGCCAUUGGCAUGGCUGAUGUCAGAUAUCAGGAUUUCAUAUGAUGAAUCGCAUGCACUCUGGCUCAGCUUUAUCGCCAUGGGUGUCUCUUGCACCGUCGAUUCCUUCAUCGCCAAUUUGCAUUUCACAGGAACAAGUGAGCAGACGAUCAGCAUGCUGGAAUGGGCCAUUUUAUUCCACUUCACGCCUUUUGGGAACGAUAUCCUUAUCAUCUCGGCGAUCCAGGUCUGUCAGCUGUUGACGCUCCAGUUCCUCAGCCUGUCGAGCCGAGGCAAGAAUUAUCGUCUUAUGGCGACAACGUUCUGGGGAAUGCUUGACCUCUUGCACUUUGCACACGCAGUGUACCAUCGGUCAGGCACGUACCCUUCGCUCCAAUUGUUGACGAGGUUGCCAGAGGUCGUUGUGCUUCUUAUGAUUUGCAUCUCUAUGAUCCUCCAUGCGCUGACAUAUAUCGUUACGGGGGGAAAUGUCAGGAGGCAGAUGUUCGAGCCAAGGGCAAUGCCCACUAUGGAUGAAGACUAUGGGCUCGCAGUGUUCAAGCUUGGCAGGGCAUGUAUGGAGGCAACACGAGGCGCAGGGUUUAGAAACGAAGUUGAUGCUGUUGUGUUACCCUUCGGAACUACCUUGGACAGGAAACAAACUAGCAAAUCAAGGUCUUCUCUUCGCUCUCCAUUCGGCCGUCAUUCUCACAGCCAACAGAAUGCACAAGAGACGUCUUUUUCGUUUCCCAACGGCUCCACACACAGGCAUGGACCAGCUCUUUCAGGAUUUGCAAACGAAAUGGCAGAUGUAGUCGAGAUGCCAGGACAGCGGCAACUGACAUCGAGACGGCGCAACCGCAUGAAUGUUAUGAAGGCAUUUUGUCAGAGCAGCGCUAGUCUUAUCAUGGAGACAACCUACGCCGCAUACAAUAAGGCUGUGCCAGCCAGGUUUAGACAGGCGCUGCGCAGGUCCAGGGGUCCAAAUGUGGGAACUAGGAUGUCAAUGCAAGAAUAUCUCCAACUCAGAACGAACCUCGAGACUGCACUUGAGCGUGCACGGCAGCUUAGGGAGCUGAAGUUGCACGAGUAUGAGGUGGAACGAUAUAGACAAGCAGCGGCGCUAGAUGAGGAAGAGGAAGAAGAGCUAUAUAGUGAAUUUUUAUCGAGGGAUUUGACCGCGUCGGACGAUGAGGACGAGAUCUAUGAUGUCGACUAUAUGCAAAUAGACGACACCGAGGAGGAAGAUGAGGAGGACAGCGACAGCGACAUGGAGGUUCUGAAACAAGCAGGUUCAACGCACGAGGAUGCGCUUCAGGACUCAGAAGCGUAUGGCAUGAGUCGUCGCCACCGCGACCACAGCGAUUCAGAUGAGGAUUCGGCCAUCGAAGUUGACUAUACAACAUCACAGCAGGUCUCGACGUGGCGUUCAAUAGGUUCGCUACAGGAUUUCUUCCUGGAUACAUCUUUCAUGAGCAUUUUCUUAUCGACCAGGUUGCAGGACACGCCUUUGACGAGAUCUCAGUACCUUCUCACCAUGAAUGGCGCGCGGGGGUUUCAGGAAGAUUCAGUAGGAUACGGCGGCAGUUAUGGCGCGGGAAGCAGCUACAUUGGCACUAGUGGGUCAGGAGGUGGCUCAAGGAAGACAAAUCGCAUGACACAGGAUGCCCACAACAAAGUGCUUCUCUCUAUUCUUCACAGAUAUCGAAGGUCCAUGGGCAAGAAGUCGUCAUCUUACGUUGAAUCGCCGGAGUCCUCGAGCAACACAUCCCCGCCUCCGCUCGCAAAACCUUCAGCGCCAGAAGAUAGCUCGGUUUAUAGCCGUCUAUUAUGUGUGGUUUGCCAAUCGGAGCCAAGAGGUGUUCUUCUACGGCCGUGUCGCUGUUUGGCGCUUUGUAACGAGUGUCGCGAAGUCUUGGCAUCAAGACGUUUCAAGCAGUGUCCAUGUUGUCGAAGCGAUGUACAAGGGUUCUCCAAGAUCUUUCUUCCUUGAGCAGCCAAGCAUUCAUUUUACAAAAUAAAAUCCUCCGCAAUUUUUGUGCAAUCGACUUCCAGGCUCACUUAAGCUCACGCUCUGAGUCGCAACCUGCUGAACAGCCUAGAUAGUGGACCAAUAACAAUGCAAUACAAAUUGGUG